AUGGGGUUGAAGAUGGUCGGAACAGGAGGUAACACGGUGCCUCUCGGAAGGACCGCGCCUUCGUUCAGUCGAGCGGGAGACAUGCCCAGUCUCCUCAAUCCCAGUUACCUUCAAGGCGCGUGCGCUGCUGCCAACGCUGCCGCCAAGCGAUUCAAUGAAAGUGCAGGUAUCUCAGAAGUGGACGAGUCCAGCUCCGACAGGAAGCGUCGUCGAAAGUCCCGCUGGGCGGACGACACCAAGUCGAUCCUGCCCGGCAUGCCGACCGUGUUGCCCUCGAAUCUGAGCAAGGAGCAGGAAGAAGCAUAUUUAUUGCAGCUUCAGAUCGAGGAGAUCACUCUGCGGCUCCGAACCGGCGAUCUCGGUAUCCCGCCUAACCCCGAAGACAGGUCCCCGUCCCCAGAACCGAUCUACAACCACGAGGGGAAGAGACUGAACACUCGAGAGUACCGCACCCGCAAGAAGCUGGAGGAAGAGCGCCACAAGCACGUCCAGCGCAUGUUCCAGAUCAAUCCUGAAUACAAACCGCCCCCAGACUACAAGCCACCCAUUGUGAAGGUGUUUGACAAGGUCAUGAUUCCACAAGAUGAGCAUCCGGAGAUCAAUUUCGUCGGGCUGCUCAUUGGACCAAGGGGCAACACCCUGAAGUCCAUGGAGAAGGAAACUGGGGCAAAAAUCAUCAUUCGAGGCAAGGGUUCUGUAAAAGAAGGGAAGGUUGGACGCAAGGAUGGACAACCGCUUCCCGGGGAAGACGAGCCCCUUCAUGCUUACAUCACGGCCCACAAUCACGAGAGCGUGAAGAAGGCUGUCGACAAGAUCAAGGAGGUGAUCAGCCAGGGGAUCGAGGUGCCCGAGGGUCAGAACGACCUGCGUCGGAUGCAACUGCGGGAACUGGCUCUUCUGAACGGAACCCUGAGGGAGCUGGAUGGACCUCGCUGCUCCAACUGUGGGGCUGCCACUCAUAAGAGCUGGCAGUGUCCAGACAAACCAAAUGUCACCACAACAAUGGUGUGUAUGAACUGCGGAGGGGCAGGGCAUCUGGCACGGGACUGCCGGUUCAAGCGCCCUGGAACGGAUCCCAACUCCAAUCCGUAUACUUUCAAUGCCAACAAGUCCAAGAUCGAUGAGGAGUACUCGGCCCUGAUGGCAGAACUUGGUGAAGGACCCCCACCUUCAAAGACAUCGACUGCCACCACCACCAGUAGCACCGGUACCACGACCACAUCCAACUCGUACAACUCCUACUCGGGGUCCACCAACCGUUACCAGAGCCCUUCGUCGUACGGGAGUCGCUUCAACCGACCGCAGUAUAAUCAACAUGGGCCUCCUUCAGGGUGGGGCAUGCAGCAGAAUUCUGGGACUCAGUAUCCGGCGAUGACUCCACCGUGGCAGCAGGGGGGGAAUCAAGGCCAGAUGAGAAUGCCAUAUAAUUACGGGCCACCGUCCUCGGCUCAGAACGCAAACGCCAUGCCUCCUUGGCAGACGACGUGUGGAUAUGGCGUCCCUCCCUCUACGACUGCCCCACCCCCAUGGGGAAUGACACCGCAGUGGCCCCAGCCGAAUCCAGUUCCUCCGCCGCCAACCCGACCUCCAAACGCCCAAUCGCUGCCGUGGCAGCCUCCAUUGGGAGUUCCUCCUCCUCCCCCGCCUCCACCAGAACAGACACAGGAUCAGCAGCUGCCGCAACAGCAAGGGAAUAAGCAACAAGGGAAUCAAGGCAUUGAUCUCAAUGCGCUUGCACAGGCUGGCUUGCCGAGUCUGCUCACUGCUCCUCCACCCCCACCACCCAGUUAAAUUUAUUUUUUUGUAUGACGAAGUAUGAUGUUUUGGGAGUGAGCGAAAAUUUGCAGGCAGUACCUUGCUCUUCAUGUGGAGAGGGCGAAAGUGAAAUCAUUUUCUUUUUUUUUUUACUUGCAAAAAGAUAAUAAAAUGUCUGUAAAUAAACAGUUCCUUUGCCUGUAUGAAGUAUUCAGCACAUGUUGUUUUAUGGUAUGUAAAUUUCAAUCUUAGCUUUGUAGAUAUAUAGUUUCUGCAUCAAACAUCUCUACAUCUUGUAGCAUUUGUACCCUGGCUCAUUGGUUUCUUGGGAUGGUGUAUCGUUGCAGGUUGUAAACAAUGUUUUUGUUCUCUAGUGCCCAUUGUUUUCGUUCACUCAUGCCCUCCUUUUUUCUCUAAUCGUUGUGUAUGGCUCAAUAAAUUACACAUAGUAAGACCAAGU